CUCUGACACACAAGACAACAGUUGGCAAGGCGCUCGAUCAUCCCUCCUUGGAGUCGACAUUGUUAUUCUAAAUGCUGCGCUUAUCAGUUGUUAGCGGUGCUUCUACACGAAGCUAAACAAACUCUCUUCCUCUCAACAUCGGCAUUUAGUUUAAGGUGCCCAUUCAAAAUGAGGUUCAUCGAAUCGGUGCUGCUGCAGGCAGUUCUUCUGCUUUUGAUCCACCAGAAUGGCAUUCAAGGUCAACGGCUUGCUGUGCAAAAGUGUGCGGAGUACGCGAAAAUCAUAACGAAAACGCAAAGCCUGAUCCCGUUGACAAUCAACCCGAAACCAAUUACCUACACAAUUUACAAUUGUACGAAUGUGGUGCAGCUGAUCGUCGGUGGUGAGGAGGCCAAGUUCGGAGAGUUCCCGCACCACGCGCUGCUCGGAUAUCCGCGCGAAGACAACCCCAACGAGUACGACUUUCGGUGUGGUGGUACACUGAUCAGCGAUCGUCACAUACUGACAGCGGCCCACUGCUUCUCCGAAGAUGAUCCCAAGGUUGUGCGGUUGGGCGAGUAUGACACCACCGUUGAGUCAGAUGACGAAGUGCAAUUUGGGAUUGCUGGUGUGAGGAAGCAUCCAAACUACUCGAACCUACGCUCGUACCACGAUAUCGCGCUGGUUAAGCUGGACCGUCAGGUAUGGUUUACGAAAAACAUACGUCCAGCCUGCCUGUGGGACUCGAAUUAUCGCAAUAUGAGCAGCUACAUUGCGACUGGGUUCGGGUACAACGAAACGGUUGGCCUCUCGCUGUCGACCAAGAUGAUGAAGGUGCAGCUGGACGAGUUCCCGGUGGAUGACUGUGCGCAAGCGUUCUACGGGAACAAGCGGUUCCGGAACGGGAUUCACGAUGGUCAAAUUUGCGUUGGCAGCAUAGUGGGUGGUAAGGACACCUGUCAGGGGGAUUCGGGUGGGCCGCUGCAGACCGUUACCACUCCAAAGACCUGCAUUUAUCACAUCGUCGGCAUCACGUCAACUGGCGGUGCUUGUGGUGUCGGCCAAUCGAAGGCAAUCUAUACUAAGGUGUCCUACUAUUUGGACUGGAUAGAAGACAACGUGUGGGGUGCGAAUAAGCUUUGAAGGGAAGCGCAGGAACAGAUAAGGUUAGUGGUGUAUAUAACUCCAGAGAACUACUGCAGACGAAUAUAGUAUACAUAAAUAAUAAUCGUACCUUUACCAAUAAACUUGAGCUAGAAAACAU